UGAGUGAGUUGAAUAACCAAGAUUUUACCAUGAUAUUUCAAAGAAGUUAAUAAAAAUUAAAUUUCCUCUGAACUAUAAUUUUUAAAUCAAUAAACUGCUGCAUCUGUAAAUUAUUGCGUAUGUGUAUGUCUGAUGGUGAAGCUAGGUAUAUCUAGUCAGAGAUUGAACUAAAUGAACAGAUUCAAUCGAUAAAAAAACAGUAUUUGGAUCACACUUUAGUUCUGUUAAUUACUGCUGUGUAGGAAACACUACAAGCACAUGAAAAGUGAAGUGGAGACUCAACGAUGAAUGAUUUUCAACUGAUGUGGGUGUUCCCGUUUGCAUUCACACUGUUUGAAUUUCGUUAUCUUGGCAUUGCCAAAAAUAUCUGAACUAUCGUCAUCGAAUUCGUCAUAGAUGCCGAAUUGAAGAUAUCUUAUCAGCGCUGCACGGCCCCAAAAAUUCGCGUACAAAACAAUCAACACCUCUGUUUUCGACCCGUCAGUAUUCGUCGAACUCUCGCGGGUUGCAGUUCUUCAUAGUUUAAAGGGACCAAGAUGGGUCCGAACAAAAGACUUAUUCUAGUGCUAGCUCAAAGUCUGCUAAUCGGUGCAGUUUGGGGUCAGGACUACAAUUAUCUGUUCACAGCAAACAAGCUUCCCGAUCAGGCUGUGCGACCAACUUUAGCCAACGGCAAUCUGGGAUUUGUAAUCUAUGGCGAUGCGGUUCACAUGAAUGGAGUCUACAAUGGGGCCGGAGGAGUCAGCCAUCGAGCACGGAUUCCGAAUUAUGCAAACAUUCAGAUAAAUACGUGCUCUGGCGCUGAGCCAUCAAACUGUGCCUUCCAGCUGGACAUGAAAGCUAACAUGUUCCGCACGGUCUACAAUGAACCCACGGGAUACUUCCGCAUCGUUCAUGAUGUUUAUCCCCACCGGCACUACGAUAUGGUGAUUGUCAAUAAAAUUCGGAUUCAGCGGCUAGCCUCUCAAGGUCCAAUCGUCGUAGCUGUUUCAUCAUUUCCGGGCCCGCCCAGUGUAGACAUAACCUUCAAUGCGCCACAAGUUGUGGAUAUCAGGGGUCAGAUAUACACCCGAAUGUGUGGAAGAACUAACGUGGUUGAAAACACUCUCUAUCAAACGUACGGUCACGAUGUCUGUGUACAUUUUCAAAGUCUUCCUCAGACACUGUCGCUGUCUGAGGACACAACGGCUGAGGAAUUCUUCUUCUACACAGCAUUCACCAGAACUCCCGUGGAAGCUGAACGAGAGCUGGGAGAUAUUCACGGAUUCAAUCCGGAUUUAGUUCAACGAAUGCAUACAAUAGAGAUGGAUAGAAUUUGGGCCAAAUACGGCAUCACUGUUGAAGGCAACAACGAUCUAGAUAAGGUGCUCAAGGCUAGUUCAUUCUAUUUAUCUAGCUCCUUGAGAGCCGCGUAUACGAACCAACCUAGCAGUUAUCCAUUUUAUGGUCUAUCGCCUUCUGGUUUGGGCCGUGGUGGGGAGGAGUUAAAAGAAUACCAAGGUCACAGCUUCUGGGAUACGGAGAUGUGGAUGUAUCCUCCAAUUCUUCUGAUCGAUCCCGUUAAUGCUGCUAAACUACUCCAUUAUCGUUCAGUAGUGUUUCGAGCAGCUGAAAAUAACGCAAAGAAAAAUGGUUAUGAGGGAUGGCAGUUUCCUUGGGAGUCCGCCUUCACUGGAUCCGAGGUCACUCCGGAAUGCUGCCCUGAGGUCGUGGAAUAUCAGCACCAUAUCACGGCAGAUAUUGCCUUUGCAGCUAGGCAGUAUUAUUAUGCUACCCAUGACGUGACAUGGCUUCGUACUGAAGGUUGCCGCCUGGCUUAUGAAUCGGCUAGAUUUUGGGCUAGCCGAGCGAAAUAUAUGAACGAAACUGAUCUUUACGAAAUUCACAACGUAAUGGGCCCAGACGAAGAUCAUCACGACAUCAAUAACAAUGCGUACACUAACGUUAUCGCAGCUCAUAAUCUUCUGUUCGGAGAGUUUGCUGGAUGCGUAUGUGGAGGAAUAGUUGGAGCCCUGGCUCAAGAGAGUGCGCGCAUGGCACAAAUUGGCCGUGGCAUGACUUUGAGAUACAACGAAGAGCUCGAUUUUCAUCCUCAGUUCGAUGGAUACGUUAUCGGUACACCAAUCAAGCAAGGAGAUGUAGUUCUACUGGGAUAUCCGUUGGAAUAUCCUAUGAAUAUCUCGACGAAGGCCAACAACCUGAGGAUUUACAGUCAGGUGACAAGAUCUAACGGUCCAGCUAUGACCUGGGCGAUGCAUACAAUCGGCCACCUGGAUCUGGAACAGAUAGCUGAAGCCGCUGGUAUGUUCUCCAAGAGCUACUCUCAGUACAUGCGGGCUCCGUACAAUGUUUGGAGUGAAAACGGCGAUGGAACGGAUGGAGCAGGUAACUUCAUCACCGGUGCCGGUGGCUUCCUGCAAUCGGUAAUCAAUGGCUAUGCCGGUGUUCGUUUGCGCGAUGGGGAGCUGUCAAUCACAAAUCCACGUGUUCUACCACAAACCACCCGACUAUUCAUCCCAGAGAUCAACUACAUGGAUGUCAAGUUUUCCUUGGAUAUUACUCCUCAAACCACCAAUAUAACCUUCCUUCAGUUUUCGACGUUAAGAAAUGUUAAAGUCGUCAUCGACGGAGUUGACAGAUCCCAAGAAACCAAUGAGAUUUAUUCCGCUACCUUCCAAGACAAAGUUACCAUCUCUCCUGCAACACAGCCGGCACUUAACGGCUGCAAGCUGAGGAAAACCGAAAUCGGCAUCAAGGUUGCCGAUCAAGCUGAAGAUUCAAGCAUGGUUCAUCCAGUGAGUCAUUUACUGUUGAUUUUACUAGCUUUGGUUUCUGUUUUCAAAGUGUUGUAAUUACAGUUAUUUAUAAUAUAAAAUGUAGAAUAUUACCCUU